AUGAAUGCGGCUUCUAAUUCUGGCUUGAUGAAGCCAAUUGGUGGCAUAGGUCGAGCAAACUUAUUUAGAGCUCUUGAAUCAUCUAUCAAGCUUGACCGGUAUAACACACAGCCACUAUUAGAAAACGCUACAUUAUCAGCGGAAAUAAAUGAGAACGGAAAUCUAAGUGGAAAUGAGCAAGUCACAAAUUAUAUUUGUGACGAUGUGGAAUAUACUUAUGUGACGCCAUCAUCUGAAGAUGCGGGUCUUGAUUUCUUGGCCACAUGCCUCAGAACUAAAGAUUUUAAUACUGUACGCAUUGUGGUUGUCUGUGAACUAGAGAAUCAGGCAGCAAAGGUAUUGAAAGAAUUGGGCAAACGCAGCAUUGGCUGCCUCUUGGUGAAUGUGGCUUCCAAGGCAAUUGAUUCAGGUAUCCUGUUAUGGAACGACGGUCUCCUCAACUCCGUCUUGGUUGUAUGCGAUGCAAUGUUGAAACAUUUGUCGAACAUCGGCAAUAUAAAAGUUAACUUCCUGGUGCACUACUCCCAGACAUUGCCGCAUAUUUUUCAAAAACGUGUGCAACUGCUGAUUCCCCAGCCUGCUGAAGGGACGAAAGUAUUAGUAAUAAAACGCAAAAUCGAAAAUCUGGUACAGCAAAAAGCUGGUGACCAAAAGAAUGAGACCUCAGAGGCCCAAAAACAAACAAUUCCGACUGCAGGAACUGCACAGAACAUACAAAAUUCAUCAGAAAAUAUUUCAUCAAUGUCAAUCACUGUAGAUACGCCAUCCGAUUUAGAUGAAAUGCCACCAUUGGUUCCUAUACCAAACAGUGAGAUUCAAGAGGUCGAUAAGCCGACCGAGUUAGAUGAAACACAUUCUAUAUAUGCUAAAAUGGUUCCAAUACCAAACAGUGAUAUUCAAGAGGGCGAUAAGCCGACCGAGUUAGAUGAAACACAUUCAAUUGCAAAGAAUAAGAUUGAAGAGGUUAAUGCGUUGUCUGUUUCAGAUGCCAUAUAUAAUGACGGUGUUAUAUUGAAGAAAAAUAAUGUAAAACAACUCUCAAACAAUCAGCAGAGCUCCAAUGCCCAAAAGUGUCCUUACUCUUACAACGCCUUUGGCAUAUUUACUUGGAGUCGCACUGAACAGAUUUCCCGUUACAGCGCGAACGAUGUGCCUGAAUUUAGUCCAUAUUUGAAGGAAACCCUGCGGCGCCAGAAUAUUGGACAGAUGCGAGCAAAGCGCGUACAGCGAUUUGCUUGGCCACAUGCAGCUUCUGGUGGCUCCAUGUGCAUAAUUGGGAAUGAGAGAAUUGGCAAAACCUGGAGCUAUUUGCCCACGCUGUGUCAGCACAUCAUGCUGAAGACACCGCCGCGUAUACUGGAUAACACCGAUCGCGGCCCCAGCUGCAUAAUAGUUUGCGUGAAUGAGAAAGAGGGAAAUGAAAUCGCCAAUUUGUGUAUGGAAUUGUUAGGCACGACGCGCUUGGAUUUGGAGCAAGUUGUUAAAGCACUCAGCCGUAACUGUAUUGACGAGGUUGUCGAAACUAUGAGAAAACCCUGCGGCAUCUUGAUAGCCACUGUUGACAAUCUAGUGAAGUUGUAUUUGCUCAAUGGCAAAACAAAGUCCAUAUUUAAUCCGGCUGCCUUAAAGUGUGUUGCCUUCGAUGGCAUCGAUAGCAUCUGGCGUGGAGGCAGAACUCAUUGCCAGAAGAUAAUAUACUGGAUCUUAACCGUGCUGCGCUUUGAGAAGGGCCACAGCCAGUUGUUCGUCGUUGGACGUUUGUGGAUUGAUUCGUUUAUGAAGCCACUGAUGAGGGAAUUGCCCGAUAUUCUGCUCGUGUUCGAGGACGCAUUGGAAGCGGCUAUGUUUGCUGGAAUCAACUUUGACUUUCUCGUAUCAAAUAAUUAUGAUGGGGAAUUACUGAAUAUUCUCGCCGAAAAGCAGUUGAUGAAGAAGCGCGUAGUGCUGGCCUGCGGCGGAAAUAUAGAUGUAUCUGCACUGAGCAAGCUACUUAACACCAAGAGCAUCGACAACUUGGUUAUUACGCGAUUCGAUCAGGAAACAAACCAGCUCUAUAAGGAUUGGUGCAAGAGUCAUAUGCGCCGUGUGCUAGUUGUCGCUGAGGAUUCGAUUGAUAAAUUGCGUGGCGGAUGUAUUGACUUUUUGGUUCACUACGGCUACAGUAUCUGGCCAUUCUUUAAGGCUCAGUUCAGCAUAUUCUACAACAACUAUCUAUGUGGUAUAGAAAAAUUCAGAGGCACAUCGGUUGUAGUCAUGCGUCCCAACGAAUUUGAACAAGCUUGGCUAUUUUGCGAUUUUAUGCUCAAGCACAAUCGUCAUCCACCCGAAAGUUUUCUGACGGUACUAACCGAAUGCCGUAUAGUGUUCGAUGCCUUAGAGUCGCGUCCAGACUUUCCGCUGUGCCGCAUGCUCAAGUCCUAUGGGAACUGUAUACGGCACACGUGCUACUUUCGGCACUUUCUGUGGGACUACGAAACGAAGCCGUUGGACGAUGCUCCUACCAAGGGCACAAUCAAAUUCUACGUGAUCUCAAGCGUGAAUCCGGCCCAGACCGCUGUGAGGCUAAUUGAGAAAGCUACCGCCAGAUACUACAUGCACACUCCCUUGUCAUAUUUUGGCGAUCAGCUUCAAUUGCACUAUGAAUCCAUGAUAAACCAUCCGAAGUGCACAAAACCCCUGCUUAACGAUGUAUACGUGCUGAAAAUUCACAAUCUCUACCAACGCGUGAGCAUAAUUCGAAUCGAAUCUGUAGAUCGCAUCGAGGUCAAGCAGCUGGAUUCUGGUGUUGAAUUUUAUAUAGUUAGGCAAGAUGAACUGCUGAUCUGCGAUGAAAAGUUUAAGGACGAGCCCUGUGAAGCGUACGACCUACGCAUCACUGGUCUAUCGCCCUUUAACAUGGAGCGCAUUUGGCCAGACGACGCCAAGAAGUUGGUGCGUCAUAAAUUUUUCGAAAUUCCGGCCAAGCAGAAUCGCGUUUUUACUGCCGAUAUUAAUUUUGGCUUUCUUGAUCUAUUUUUCGUGGAAAACAUCUACGACUCGAGCGGCAAUGACCUAAACAGUUUUGUACUUAAGCACAUCCCAAUGUACACGGACGGAGGAGUGCAUAGUCGUUUACAGAAAUAUAUUUCUGAAGCCAAACCGUCCACACAAGGGGUAUAA